AUGUGUAUAUGUAUUCAAGCUACUCUAAUUAAGCUAAUUAGCUAAAGAGAAUCUCUUCUUGGCGUUUAAAAUUUGUAGAAGUAGGUAGAGUAAAAUAUUUGCCAAAAAUUGAAAUACUUUUUUAAAAUUUCAUGUAAGUAAAUAGAAUUUAUUGAUAAUGGCAAUAGUUAAAUAAUUAAAAGAACAAAGAAUCAGAGUUUGAGCAAUGACAGGAUGGUAAUUUGA